AUGAUCGCGGCGCUGUUGCAGGGCCAGAACGGCCGAGCGUUCCUCACUACACUGGGCGGCGCGGUGGCUUAUAUCGGUGUCUGCGGCGUGGUGGGCAGGCUGGGCCUGCUGCCCACUCGCCUGGCGCGCAAGAUGAUGCACAUAGGCACCGGCCCGCUGUACAUGUUGUGCUGGCCACUCUAUAGCGCCGCUCCCUCUUCGCGCUGGCUGGCAGCCUCGGUGCCCGCUUUGGCGGGCGUGCAAUUCAUGCUGGUUGGCACGGGCAUUGUGCGGGACGACACGUUGGUGGCGGGGGCCAGUCGCAGCGGCCGGCGCGAGGAGCUCCUGCGCGGCCCGCUGCUAUAUGCCGCCGUGCACGUUGCAGCCACGCUGAUAUGGUGGCGUCACUCGCCCUGCGGUGUGCUAGCGCUCGCAAUACUGUGUGCGGGGGAUGGCCUGGCAGAGGUGGUGGGGCGGGCCUGCAGCUCGGCGGCGGCCAGCGCAGAUGCGCCAGCCAGGGGCGGCAAGAAGGGCAGCGUAGACAGCGGCAGCACAUGGCGUCGCAGUGUGCUGCGGGCACUGGCUCGCCCGCUUCCGCACAACUGCGACAAGACGGUUGGCGGCACUCUAGCUUGCUGGCUGGGCGGCGCCGCGGCUUCCCUACCCCUCCUCCUCUACUUCAUGCGGCACGGCAUGUUUGCAUCGGCGGGCCCGGCGGCAGCGGGCGGCGUGCUGCAGUGGGGUUGGCCGCUGGUGCGCGGCGUCCUGCUCUGUUCCGGUUUCGGCGCGCUGGCAGAAUCGCUGCCUCUGGGUGGGGAGGCAGACAACGUGACCAUUGCGCUGGCUGUGGGGCUGUGCUCCCGUGCGUACUUUGGUUUCUGA